ACAUCCAGCAGGCCCAUACUAUUCUAACCCUCUCCUUUUCCAAGUUCCCUUUUUCUGGAAGGUCUCUGAAUUUUACUGCGCUUACUAGAUCCCCACACUUUGUUUCCUGUUGCCAGGGCUCACAGCGGGACCAGCACAUGCAAAACCUGUUGUCGAACAGAAACUGCGUUGUUCAAAACGCCGGUAUUAGAAAGGCAAAGCCUCGAUGCAAAACGCCACUGAACGCACCAUGGUACAGGAAAUAAGCGGCCUCUAAUGCGAGGAGCACGAUGAAGUUCGGUUGCCUUUCCUUCCGACAGCCCUACGCAGGGUUGCUUCUAAACCAAGUCAAAACAGUAGAGACCCGCUGGCGUCCUUUGCUAGCAGGCUACAAGAACAGCACCAUUGCUAUUCAUAUAGCUGUUAAGGACUGGGAAGAUGAAACAUGGAGAGAAAUUCUUCUGAAUAGGUUCGGCAUGACACCAAAACAACUGCAGGAUUUGUUGGAUGAAGGGGAAAAAUAUGGCAGAGGAGUUAUUGCAGGAUUAAUUGAUGUUGGAGAGACAUCACUAUAUCCAGAAAACCUGCCUCCUGAAGAGAUUCUGGAGCUGGAAAACAAAGCUGUCCUCAGUAAUUUAGAACAGAAAUACUUGACUGUUGUUUCAAAUCCCAGAUGGCUCCUGGAACCAAUUCCUGCCAGAGGGAGAACAGGGGUGUGGCAGGUGGAUAUCCCUCAAGAACUGAUCCCUUCAGAAUUGUAACUGUUGCCCCUUACUAUGAUUUUUUCCUGCCUAUAAUGCAGACUUGUAUUUAAGAUGCUGACUGGUGAAUUACAUCAGCAUCCUGUCUAGGAUUCUAUUCCACAACCAUUUGAAAUGGCAAAUACAUUUGAAGAACUGCUUUUUGAGGCAAAACAAACAAGAUGUGUCUUUAUGACUAUUACAUGAAAUUGUUUUUCUAGACUUUCUGUAUAAGCAACUAAGUAAAUGCCAUUUUUAAAUGUACAUUUAUACAUUGUGUGCCAAUUUAAAUGUAAAUUAAAAUUAUUUUUUGAUACCUGCAUCUCUGAUUAUAAGAAAAUGGUGCUUAAAAGCAGGCUGCCACAAGUUCUAGGACAGCUGUCCCAGACCACUCCUUGUCCUGCCUUAAGGAUAGAUUCUUUUCAUUCACAUUUCAGGCACACAAGAUGUGCAUAUGAUGAAUACAGCUCUGUGACCUGACAGACAUUGCAGAAGGGCCAGUUUGAGCAGGUGCUUGUACAACAUGAAAUUGAGCAAGUAUUAAUUUUUUUCCUCUUAUUUAAGAUGAAAAAUACUAGUUGUCUUUGAAAAUAUAAUACUGAAUUUAAAACUAGUGUGAAGAAUUAUAAAUAAUAGCCACUAAGCUUUGGCACUCUCAGGAGUUUUUUAAAAUUCACACCCUACAUUACAGUGAAAAUCCUUUUGAUUUUCUGGAGCAAGGCCACACCUAGAACAGGACACAAGUGGCAGAGUCUCAGUAUUCAGACACUUUACUGGAGCACUUGGGAAGCUGUUCCCUUGGACUACAGCACUUGUGCCAGAGCUGUGGCCCUGGGCCAGUGCCUGCAGCUCCAGCUCUGAACCCCACGGGGAGCUGGGCUGUGACCUGGGGACAGACUGAGCUUCCCAGGGGUGGGAAGUGACUGCAGGGCAGGGUGAAGGUCCCUGAGCAGUUCCUGGCCCCAUGCAGGCCCUGCUGUGCCUCAGCUGAAGGGGAGGUGCAGAGGCUGCAGCUCCCCCUGUUUGAGCAGCAGCAGAUGGAGCUCUGUGGGCAGCACUGCCCAAGGGGCUGCCUUGGCACUGAGGCUGAGACCUUCCCAGUGCAGAGCUGUGCCUCUUCUCCCUUGCCCCUGCUGUGCAUGGACUGCUCUCCUCCUGGGACGUGGUUUCUCAUGCAAACUCUGCCUCUGGUUUUCUUCUCCAUGGUAGUGCAGGCAAAUUGAUGUCCAGUGACAAUCCCACUGAUGUUUGACUUGUUGAACCAGAAUAUAAUAAUAUAUAUAUAAAUAAUAUAUAUAUAUAUAAAA